CCGCGACAGUACAAAGACAACCUCAUGAUCGCCGACACGAAGUCCAAAGUCGUGGCGCUAUUUGUUUAUCUCAAGAAGUUAUCGGAGAAAUGGUUCUCUCAUGUCCUGCUACUGGCUUUCCUCAUACUGUACGCCUGUAUGGGCGCCUGGAUCUUCGAGUCCGUUGAGGGCGGCUAUGAGAAGGAACAGAAUGCGAUUGUCCGCCAACUCCGAAUGCCAGUCGAUAAUCUGACCGAUAAAUUGACAAAACGUUUGUGGAACGAGAGGCUGAAGUACCCGUUGCCGGGCGAGGGCUGGCAGGCGCUGGAUGUGGACAGCCGUUGGGACGCCUUCGCCCGUAAAGCGUUGGCUCAGUUUGAGACUCAGGUGUCCAUAACGUGCAAACAGGGCGUCCAAAGGGGUAUAUAUCACGACUACGAGUCUAAUAAGUGGACAUUUAUGGGCGGAUUGUUCUUCAGUAUGACUGUCUUCACGACAAUCGGAUAUGGAGAUAAUCCGCCAAAAACCCGCACCGGACAGGCAAUCACAAUGGUGUACGCAUUUGUAGGCAUUCCUAUACUGCUGAUGGUGUUGGCCGACAUGGGAAGGAUAUUCACGCGUGGCAUCAAAUUUAUCGUUAAAUACAUCCGACGCCUGUAUUACACAAAAAGUCUGCGAAAAGUGCGAAGAGUUGGCCGAAGUGUCGGUAAUUAUGGGCGUAGGGCUACACUUCAUAACAUCCGGUGCGAAGAGUUGGCCGAAGUGUCGUAUAUGGACUCAACUGUAGGUGCCAUCAAUCGAGGCAUCGCUUACAUCCCAUAUAUACCUAAAUCGAAAGACGAGUCAAACGAUUCAAACAAUACUAAAACCAAAACUAAUCUCAAAACUAAUCCCAACACUAAUACUAAUUCUAAUACUAAUCCCAAAACUAAUCCCAAAACUAUACCCAAAACUAUACCCAAAACUAUACCCAAAACCGACGACAAGAAUAAGCCAGGAAUCGCCAAAAGUCCUGCCUUUUGGUACAGAAACUCAGCCUCAAGAGGGGCGCCGUUUAUCGUGCGCACGAAUCCGACACCACCACAAACGGCCACCUCUUCGCCCCCGGAAACACCACUUCCGGAUGACGUACUGGAGAUCGACGACGAGUUCAACCUUCCCAUCACUCUAGCCAUCAGUAUAUUAUUCAUAUACUUACUGAUCGGUGCCAUCAUAUUCUGGUCGUCCGAGAAGUGGUCUCUUUUGCACGCCUUCUACUUCGUGUUCAUAUCGAUGUCCACAAUAGGGUUCGGGGAUUACGUGCCCUCCAACCAGCCGGUGCUGUUGGCGGCGUUC